AUGACUUCCCAAUGGCAAGAGAUAUCGGCCAAGGCCAAACAAAAGGUCUUGGACGAUAUUCCCUCAGAAUGGCGGAUCCCUACAGACAAGGUCCCUGGAGAUGAUGUGCUAGAUGUGACCGGCAUCCCAGCUCAAUGUGGACUACUCUCUCAAUUGGACCUCGAAAUCACAGAGUCAUUCGCAACGGAAAUUGUAGCCAAGAUCGCCAAGGGAGAAUGGUCAGCAGAAGCAGUAACAACAGCAUUCUGUAAACGAGCUUCAAUCGCUCAUCAACUGACAAAUUGCCUGACAGUAAUCAUGUUCGACAGUGCCAUUGCUCGCGCCAAAGACCUAGACAUCCAUUUCCAAAAGACAGGAAAAGUCAGCGGACCUCUCCACGGCCUUCCCAUAUCCCUAAAAGACAACUUCAAUAUCCCCGGCUUCCCCUCUUCUGUAGGUUUCGCUUCUUGGGCUACGGAAUCUAUGCAACAAGAGAGCACAAUCGUCACCACACUGCGAAACCUAGGAGCUGUGGCGUAUGUAAAGACAAACGUUCCCACAGCGAUGAUGAUAGCCGAAAGCGUCAACAACGUCUAUGGCCGCACCCUAAAUCCUCAAAAUCGCUCCAUGACGUCCGGCGGCUCGUCAGGCGGAGAAUCUGCUCUCAUUUCCAUGCGAGGCAGUCCUUUGGGAGUCGGGACGGACAUUGGCGGGAGCCUACGAAUCCCAGCCGCCUGCACAGGUAUAUUCACCAUCAGGCCUUCUUAUGGCCGUUUCCCGCAUUUUGACGCACGGUCUGGUCUUUCAGGCCAGGAAGCUGUGGCGAGCGUCAACGGACCUAUGGCAAGGAGCGUUGCGGAUAUUCGACUUUGGGCGGAGAGUGUUGUGGGAACGAAACCUUGGUUACGAGAUCCUAAAUGUGUGCCGGGGUUGGAGUGGAGGCAUAACGAGGACGCUCGAGGGAAGGUGAAGAUCGGAGUGUUGUGGGAUAAUGGUAUGGUGCAGCCAACUCCGCCUGUUAAAAGGGCACUGAAGGAGACGGUUGAGAAAUUGAAGGCAAAGGGAUACGAGAUUAUCGACUGGCCAGCUACAGAUCAUGCCGAAGCAAUGGAACUUCUAGGCCGGUUUUUCGUCUCCGAUGGUGGGAAAUCCAUCGAAAAGAUCCUCAAACCUGUCGAUGAGCCUUGGAGACCUGAGAUGAAAGGCUACGAAGACGCUGGAGAAAUUGGCGUGCAUGAGUUAUGGCAGUUACAAUCUCGCCGGACGGCUCUUUGUAAGAGAUAUUUGGAUCGCUGGGAAGCAGCUGGUUUGGAUGCGAUUCUGGGACCUACGACUCCAUAUGCUACAACCAAAAACGGCGAGUUUAGGCACGUGGGCUAUACCGGCGUGUUUAAUAUUCUGGAUUAUAGCUCCACAUCCUUCCCUUGUGGGGUGACGGUUGAUAAAGAAAAGGAUUUGCUGGAACCAGGAAUUCAAAUUCAUGAUGAGCUGGAUGCGCAAACGCAGAGAGAGUAUGAUGCUGAGGUAGCGCACGGGAUGCCUGUGAGCUUGCAAUUAACAGGAAGAAGAUUGGAAGAGGAGAAGAUGUUGGCGUUGACGGAGAGGGUUGUGGAGGACUUGAAGGGAUGA